AGACUCACAAUAAUUGUAAAAAAUAAGUUGAAUUUGUCAUUAUUAGUUUUCUAGAGGCCAUAAAAUGCAGUCAAACCAAAACAAAAUAACUGCACCUUGUAUUUUGUGCAACAAAUUCGCUUUGGUUAUCCUGCUAUUGCUUCACGUACAUGUCAGCAGUGUUACAGCUGAGCGGACAUGUCAUCAAUGUCGUGGUAUAAAUUGUUUACGCACCACCUAUGAGGCCACACAAAAGUGUCUCAAUGACUUGGACAUCUGUGUAACCGUAUUUGAUGGACAAACUAUACUGGCUCAAGGUUGCCUGGAACAACUUUCAGAAGAAUUGCGCAACAAAUGUGGCGGUUACGCACAAAGUCCAGACUCUGAGGAAUUCAGAGAAUGUUUUAAAUGCAACGAAAAUUUGUGCAACAAUUUGGCAUCAAGUUCAUUUGAGUGUAUUCAAUGUGAUUCUGAUAGUGAUGAAAAUUGCCGCACCAACCCACUUAGUUUAUUGCCAACCAGAUGUGGUAUUUCGCGAACGCCAAAUGAAUAUUGUUACGUUAAACAAGAAGGAAAUCGAGUGAUUCGAGGUUGUUCCAGCACAGUGGAAGAACAAAACACAUGUUUAUCUAACGCCGAUUGUAUGAUUUGUCAACCCAGUGAAUUGAGCGGCUGUAACGCUAAUGAUAUAACACUAGAUGGCAGUGGUUCAGGAGACGAGGGUACUGGUAGUGGUUCGGGUAAUGGCGGUUCAGAUGAAGGUGAAUCUGGUAAUGGCUCGAGUGGAGAAGGUGGAUCUGGGAAUGAGUCAGAUAAUACCGCUGAGCGGAUAUGUCAUCAAUGUAGAGGUAUAAAUUGUUUACGCACCACCUAUGAGGCCACACAAAAGUGUCUCAAUGACUUGGACAUCUGUGUAACUGUAUUUGAUGGACAAACUAUACUCGCACAAGGAUGUCUGGAACAACUUUCCGAAGAAUUGCGCCAUAAAUGUGAUGUUGAUACAACAGCUCAAGACUUUCUGGCUUUGAGUGAAUGUUUCAAGUGUAACGACAAUUUAUGCAACAAUUUGGCAUCAAGUUCAUUUGAAUGUAUUCAAUGUGAUUCAGAAAGUGAUGCAAAUUGUCGCACUAACCCACAAAGUUUGGCGCCGUCAAGAUGCGGCAUUUCACGUACUCCAAAUGAAUACUGUUUUGUUAAACAAGAAGGUGAACGAAUGAUUCGAGGUUGUUCUAAUACUUUGGAGGAACAAAUAUCAUGUUUAUCAAGCGCAGAUUGUAUGAUUUGUCAGCCGAGUGAGUUGAGUGGUUGUAAUGCCAUGGAUGUAACUAUAUAUGAUGGUGAUUCCGGAGAUGGUGGUUCUGGUAAUGGCUCGGGUAAUGGAGGUUCAGAUGAAGGUGAAUCUGGGAAUGGCUCGGGUGGAGAAGGUGGAUCUGGGAAUGAGUCAGGUAAUACCGCUGAGCGGAUAUGUCAUCAAUGUAGAGGUAUAAAUUGUUUACGCACCACCUAUGAGGCCACACAAAAGUGUCUUAAUGACUUGGACAUCUGUGUAACUGUAUUUGAUGGACAAACUAUACUCGCGCAAGGAUGUCUGGAACAGCUUUCCGAAGAACUACGGCACAAAUGUGAUGUUGAUACAACAGCUCAAGACUCUCUGUCUUUGAGUGAAUGUUUCAAGUGUAACGACAAUUUAUGCAACAAUUUGGCAUCAAGUUCAUUUGAGUGUAUACAAUGUGAUUCAGAAAGCGAUGCCAAUUGUCGCACUAACCCACAAAGUUUGGCGCCAUCAAGAUGCGGCAUUUCACGUACUCCAAAUGAAUAUUGUUUUGUUAAACAAGAAGGCGAACGAGUGAUUCGAGGCUGUUCUAAUACUUUGGAGGAACAAAUAUCAUGUUUAUCAAGCGUUGAUUGCAUGAUUUGUCAACCAAGUGAAUUGAGUGGUUGUAAUGACAUUGAAGUAAUAACAAAUGAUGGUGGGUCGGGUAGUGGUUCUGGAGAUGGAUCUGGUAAUGGCGGUUCAGAUCAGGGUGGAUCUGGCAGUGGUUCGGGUAAUGGCGGUUCAGAUCAAGGUGGAUCUGGUAGUGGUUCAGGUAAUGGCGGUUCAGAUCAAGGUGGAUCUGGUAGUGGUUCGGGUGGAGAAAAUACAGGUGAUGGCGGAAAUAGUGAUUCCGGAAAUGAUGCGGGCGAUGGAGGAUCUGGGGGCGGAUCCGGAGAUGGAAGUAGUGGUUCAGGAGAUGGGGGAACUGGCAAUGGUUCAGAUGGCAGUGGAACUAGUGGUAUAAACUCUCAUAUUUUUAUUUUUAUUAUAAAUAUAAUUAUUGUCUUCUUCGUAUCAAAUUAAUGUUUCCAAUAUAUGUAUUUGUAAUAUAAAUUAUGUAUAUUUAAGAGAAUAUAGAUACAUAUAAUGUUGAAUAAAAAUGAUUCCUUACAAAGAACAAAUG